CCGCGCGCAGUUGUACUCGUCGUACCCGCCGAGAACCCGUCGCCGCCGCCGACGACGACAGCAACAGCCAGCAGUCAUGGCCGCCACCUGACCGCAACCCCACUGCGCGCGCGUACGGUACAGUGGAAGAAAAACGCGAGAAAAUCGGUUCGGCAUUUUUUUUUUUCUACCAUUUUAAAUUUUCCGUUCAUCUCUGUGUCUCUCCCUCUCCCACCACUCAUCACUCGCGCACACAUUCGUGGGACGCGAUUUUUCCGAAAACGAAUCGCCGCUCCGUCCACCGCUGCCGACGACAUCACCACGACAUUGUCGCUCAGUAUAUCGUCUGCUUAUUACGCGUGUGCAACUGUUCGCCGUCCGUCGCGUGAAAUCGGUUCGCCCGGUCGCGCUCGCAUCACUUCGGAUCCAUCCUCUGGGCACACGCACGCUUGCCCGCUGCACCGGAUAUAUGGAUUAACAGCGCGUGUAUAAUAAUAAACGUGAAUUUUUCGAGUGUAUUUUUCUAUCAAGUGUUGUGAUCAAAAUUUGAUACACGUAGCAAGAUAGUUUUAAAAAUUAUUUACAUGAAUCAUAGUGAACAUGUCACAAAACAAUGGACAAUCCCAGAGGUUUUGCCUCCGAUGGAACAACCAUCAAUCCAACUUACUUGCUGUUUUCGAUCAACUAUUGACGAGCGAGGCAUUUGUAGAUGUGACAUUAGCUGUCGAAGGUCAAAUGCUUCGUGCUCACAAAAUGGUUCUUUCAGCUUGCAGUCCUUACUUUCAGACUCUUUUUGUUGGACACCCUGAUAGACAUCCGAUUGUAAUACUUAAAGAUGUUCCACUAGUUGACAUGAGGUCUUUAUUAGACUUUAUGUACAGGGGCGAGGUUAGUGUUGAUCAAGAUAGAUUGGCAGCUUUUCUUAAAGUAGCAGAAUCAUUGCGAAUCAAAGGUUUAACUGAGGUCAAUGAAGAUCGUGGAGACUUACCCUCGUUAGCUUCUUCUCUUCUUCAGUCUCACUCAUCAUCUCCGUCUUCUUCACCAGUACACAACAACCAAAUGGCUCAUGUGCCUCAACUUCAGCGCAUACAUAACCAUAGUCCUUUACCUAUGAAAAGGCCACUGCCAUCUCAUCCGCUACAUGAUCAACAGCGUCAACAUUUGUCAUACCCAAUGAACCCGCUAUUAGGAUCUGCUCUGACUGCACCAAAAAGGAAACGUGGACGCCCCAGGAAAUUAUCUACAGGAAGUAACUCACCUUCACGGCCAAAUGACAAUAAUAAUGAUGAUAGUAGAGCAUCCACGCCAGUUGGUACAAGCGCAGGAAGUGGCCGUGAUCCUCCAGAUUUAUUAGAAUUGAACAUGUCUGAAGAAUCAGAAUCUGCUGCAGCUGCACCUAGACAUUUGGAUUCUCCAAGCCAUUUAUCUGAUCAUGAAGACAUGGAAGAAGAGUAUACUGAAAAUGGAAUGGAAAUAAAACAAGAGCCUAUUGAUCCAGUUCCAGGAACAUCCCAAGAUUUAAGUACAGUGAAAAAAGAAUACGACACUCAUUCUACUAGUAUGCAGUUAGACCAAAGCGCAUGUGACAUGCACAAUGCCAACAUGUUAAAGUUGUUGUCUUCGCGGACUGACCAAGACCACCACCAUCACCUCCACCAGGCGGUGGACAGCGGCGACCGAGACAACAACAACGACGCCCGCCUGACGCUGGCAGCCAGCUGGUCGGUGAUGGCGGCCGAUCAAAAGUCCAAGUUCUCGCUGGCCGUGUCCCAGCACACGUCCGGCUACAAGCAGCAGCUGCAGGCGGCCCUCGACGAGGAGAAGCGGCAGAUGCAAGAGUCGCAGCAACUCCACCACCACCAGCAGCAGCAACAGCAGCAGCACCACCAGCAACAGCAGCAACAACAGCAACAGGCAGCCGCCGCCGCCGCAGCAGCCGCGUCGCUGAGGACGCCCGUCAAGCGGCGCAUCCGGCGGCGGGCCACGUCGUCCAGCGAUCCGGCGGAGCAACUGACCGAGAUGUCGGUCCGCGGCCUGAACCUAUUCCGUUACGCCACCGUGUCUGAGGGCAUCUACAAGUGUCUGGAAUGCGCCAAGACGGACAUAUUGAAGACGUUCAAGAACAAGUACAGCUUCCAGCGGCACGCGUUCCUCUACCACGAGGGCCACCAGCGCAAGGUGUUCCCGUGCCCGGUGUGCGCCAAAGAGUUCUCCCGACCCGACAAGAUGAAAAACCACAUGAAGACCGUACACGAGUGCUACAUGCCAAAGGCCAUUGACUUCCCGCAGGUGCCGUUCCUAUUGCCGCCAUGAGGUCGUCGUCGUCGAGCGGCGUCACCGUCGGUGUGAGUACACCACAUGCACACACAACACAUACACACACGUCUGCGGUUGAUGAGCGCCGAAGUUGGGGGGGGUGGGGGAGGAUUUGGAGAGAAGGGGGCGAUCUAGCGACACCUACGCUACCGCCCUGCCAAUUGAUAUAUAUAUAUAUAUCAUAAUACAUUUCUACGGACACGUUUUAAUAUUUUCUCCGCAAAGGUUUGGCAUUUAUUAUAUAAAACAAAAAACGUUAAAAUAUUGUACACGUUUUUUUAUUAUUAUUUUUAUUAUUAUUAUUAUGUUUAUUACUAUUAUAUUUUUAUUUAAUUUUUUUUCUCCAUCGUGUCUUCCGGAUAAUAAUGUUGAGUUUUAUAUUAUAUAUUUUUCUUAUAUAAAUUACUACACUCCCAGAUAGGGAUUAUACUUUUGACCAAAAAAAAAAAAAAAAAAACCUCGUUAAUCAUAUUACCUAUAUCAAAUUGUGGAUUUUUUUUUAUUAUUAUUAUUUUUUAGCUUCUAAACAACCACUGUGACUCGUCGAUAUGUGUAUGUGACGUUAUUUUAUGAAAUUUUUUUAUCAUAUAUACCUCCGACAUUCGCUAUAUAUAUUUACACGCAGUUUUUCAAGUUUAAGCGUUAAUUAUUACCAAAUUUUUUUUUUUAUGUUAUUUUAAAUAUUACAGAAACCAAAUAAAACGCAUUAGAUUAUUAUUACAAAUGUUAAAAUAAGUACAUCGAAAAUCGUAGUUUAAAAAAUAACAUUCAGUAUAAUGGCAAUAUUUUGUUCGACGAACGAGGAAACGACAAUCAGAAUUUAUACAAACAGCAAUAACAAUUUACAAUUUACGUCCUAAGAAGUUGAAAAACAUAGCAGCGCCUGGUGCUUUUUUAAAUUUGAUUAGUUUAUUAUUUGUUUUGAGCUGGUUGUAGGGUGGUAUUGUGCAAUAUAAUUCCAAAAAUAAUUUUUUUUAAACCAUCUAGUUGUUUUUUUACCAAAAUAUAUAGUUUACAUUAUUUUAUUCUAUUAAUUAUAUACAUUACCGUCUGCAAAAAUCAUUUAUACAAACAAUUCAAAAAACGUUCGACUGAAUUAGAGUUUGACGAUUAUUUUACGGUUUUUUUUUUUAACCUAUUAAGGCCAGUUAGUUAUUGAGACUGAAUACUAUAAUGAAUAAAAAAAAAAAAGUAGGAUAAACUUCUCAAUGUUCUGGAAAACGACAAUAAUAUGUUCUUUUCUCCUUUUAUUUCCCUAAAUAUAUUGUACAAAAUGAAAACUUUGUUUUCUUUUCACUUUUUUUUUUUUUGUAACAAUCAUUUACAUCAUCAACUAUAAUAAAAUAUUAGGAAUUAUAUUUAAUUACAAAUUUUAUUAUUACUAUUCAAAAUAUAGAAUAUAUAUUUUUGUAAAUUUGUACAGAGUAUAUUAUUAUUAACAAUAUUUGAUUACAAUUAUAAAUAAAUUUAUUAUAUAUCAUUAUUUAUUUUUGUUAUAUAUUAGGGGGACACCGUAGACAAUUAGUUAUCAUUAAUAUUUUUUUUAUUAUUAUGAUUAUUAUUAUAAUUAUUAUUUUUAUUACUUUUAUUAAACCGUGCAAUUCAACACUUUAUAUUAUUAUGUUUUAAUUGUUUAUUUAUACAUAAAAAAAACAAUUGAAUCAAUUUAACCACGGAUUUAUGUGGGUUAUUAAAAAUUUUUUUUGUUAAUUUACCAUUUUAAAACAAAUAUAAAUUUAUGUAUUAUCUUCUUAGAUUUUAUUUAAUACAUGUUUACACACAACAUUGUAUAUUAAAUUUGUUAAUAAUUUUGAUUAACCACUGUUAGCCCCAUAGAGUUAUUAAUUAUUAUUAUUGUAUAAUAAACAUGUUUUAUUUUAGUUCUUAAAUAUUUUAAACAUAUAAAUUAUCUCAAAACAAAACUUUUGUUACGUUAACGUUUCCAUUAUUUUCAUAUUUUAAUUUAAAUUACUACAAUUAUUAUAAAAAUUUUUUUCUUCUAAAUUGAAAUAAUUUUAUGUUAACAUUUUGUUGUUGCUUUAUUUUAUAUAUAUGAACAUUGUGUAUUUUUUUUCUAUUAGUCGUUUUGUUAUGUUUUCCUAAGUAAUAACAAUUUUUUUUUAAUUUUCAUUCCUAAAUCAUGUUUUUUUUUUGUCUAAAGUCACACUUAAGAAGUUAUGAUUUUUUUUUCUAGAGGUGAGUGGGAUUAGACAAAUAUUUAAACAAUAUUAUGUCGGUAAAAAAGUGGCACACGUCUUGUAAAAUGAUUAGCUAAUUUAAAAAAUAAAAAUAUUAAUUUAUGUAAUAACUGAAAUGUUAAUUUUAAUUCAAUAAGCAAUAAAUUAACGUUAUUUGAAAAUAA